CAGAGCACCGCUUCCUUGAGCAUGUGUUUCCAGUCGUCCCUGUCUGUCUUGUUGCUGUGCUUGGCUUUGCUAGUGGCCAGCGCCUAUUCUGCAGCGUUUGGUGAUUCAGUCGAAGAAGGAGUGCGGGACAAGAAAAUCAUCACACUUUUACGGCGGAAUAACAGCUGCAAGCUGUACGGUCACUCAUGCCUUGGAGGUCACGGGAAACGCUCGGACGAUGGCAGCGCUCCUGGCGGCGCCAUCUCUCCCGACGUGAUGCAGAUGCUACGCAAGACAUCCGAUGACGAAGCGCUGGGCCCUUUCCCGCCCCAGGCCAGGUUCGACAGGGUGGCCCUACUCGAGAAGGCGCUCAUCCAAUUGCUACGCAACAGGAUGAUGGUCUGAGCGCGCAGCUUGCCUCUUUCCGGUCACAUAUCAUGGCGGCGAGCCCUGGCGAACAGUGCUGGCAGGACUCGAUGGAUUGAUGCUGGAUAUGGCGAUGGAUACCUCGAACGAAACUGAAAAAAAAAAAAUGUUUUCCACGUAUGAUAAUAAAAUGAAAGAAGUCAACCAAGACAGACAGUGAAAAUCCAUAUAUUUAA